AGAUUCUCAUACUCUCCAGAGCUGAUUCCAGAGCACGCAGUGGCCACGUAUAUCGAGCACCUCAAUGACGAUAUUCUGUAUGAAAUCUUCUGUGUUCUUGCCCUCAGCCCUCCAAUGCAAGAUAAAUAUCUACUGAGCCAACUCUCCUUGGAAUCCAAGACGAGCUGGCUAGCAAUCACCCAUACGUGCUCGCGUUGGCGCCGCAUCGCAGUCACAUCUCCUAGGUUGUGGACAAAAAUCAGCAUUUACUUGGAUUGCUGCGAACCUAUGCUACGCGAGUUCCUGUCACGCUCGCAGGACAUGAGCCUAUCUGUGCGCAUUUGUGGCUCUACCUCACGCCCGGACGAUGUUGGCUCGUUGAUGGAAAUGUCUCGUCUGUUGGCGCAACAUACACGACGUUUUGUUUCCUUCAGCGUCGUUAACGUGGCAAGGCGCCACAUGCGUGAUAUACUUGUCGCUUUCACUUACCCUGCACCCCGACUCUCAGAGAUUAUACUCAUCGCGUAUUCUCAUCAACUUCACCUGCCUCAAAGGACUCCUGUCGCAGCAUCCCUCUUCAGUAACCACACUCCGGUGCUCUGCACAAUGCAUGCUCCCAAUGUAUGGCUGCCGUGGCGACCGUACCGCGACAUGGUCUAUAUCGAUCUUAUGGUGUCCUCUUUCCAGUCCGCCGACGAGGUUCUUCAGAGCAUACAGCACUGCAAAAUGCUCCGGCACCUGCGAAUAGAAACACAAGAUAAUGGCAGCCAGCCUUCUGCGUUGGAUGCCCCAUUCACCACUGUUCAUCUUCCCGACCUGACGUAUCUGAAUCUGCGUGGGCCGUAUUCUUCAAUAGCACGCAUAGCCUCUUGCUUAGCGGUACCCACUAGCGCGUCAAUAUCUGUGAGUCUCCUACAUCACCCGAAUGACCGCCUAGACAAUCACCAGCGCGGUCGCGCCCUCUACCCGAGCACUUCGCGCGUCACUGCGGCUCAAUUCAAAGUUACUUGUAUACGCGCUGCGGCGUUACUUCGCCUCACGUCAGCAGACGACCGGUUUAUGUCCAUGUGGGCGUGGCGGAACUUUCGGGGAGCCUUUGACGUCAAUGUCGGCGAUGCCCUCGAUCACCUUGGUGACCUUCUGGUGUUUCCCGCGUUAAGCCGUCUCACUAUCCGGCACAACACCCUGCGUCUGAGUGCAAUGGAUUGGCGCAGAAUAUUCAAGCAAAUGCCAUCUCUGGAAGUCCUCGAGAUUGAGGGGGGCCAUCACACGCACGUUGCGGGGCCUUUCCAGGCGCUAGGGAUAGUCAAUGCGCUAGACGGCACAUUCAUCGUAUGUCCGGCUUUGACGUGUAUACACGCCAUAUCCUGUGAGGGCUGGGACGUACUUGCAGAUCUGCUAUCGGAUGUUUUAAAACUGCGUUCGAGCAUCGGGGUGCGUUUGAAUAAGUUGGAGAUAGUGACGGAGGAAGUAAGGGAACUGUUGACGCUAGAGCAGCUGUGCGACGAUGUCAACGAGCUAUCGAUUGUGUUGAAAUGA